AUAUCAAACUAAUAAUAUGCGGUAGGUAGAACAUAACUUGGCAAGAUUUCUUUAGCCAGAAGUGUUAUCUUCAACUUACUUUUGCUGUUACACUCUUUUGAAGAGAACAUGGAUACAGUUAGGCAUUCCACCAAAGUUCUCAAGUGUACUUAUAUUCAUCUAUUCAUUUGUUUGAUAUUUUUCUCUGACUCUGUGGUUCCCUCUUCAUCAAUUGUCAAAUCACUACCGGGAUUUACCGGUCCUCUUCCUUUCUAUCUUGAAACUGGAUAUAUAGCAGUGGAUGAGAAGGAAGAUGCUCAGUUUUUUUAUUACUUUGUUGAAUCCGAAGGGAGCCCAAGAGAAGAUCCUCUUAUGCUCUGGUUCAUUGGUGGACCUGGGUGCUCUGUUCUUUCUGCACUUACUGUUGAGAUUGGUCCCCUUCGGUUUAACAUAGUUGAGUACAAUGGCAGCCUACCAACAUUAGCACUGAAUACAUUAUCCUGGACAAAGGCUGCGAGUAUAAUAUUUAUAGAUGGACCUGUUGGCACUGGAUUUUCAUAUUCAAAGAGCCGGCGGGAAGGAUACCAGACUGAUGACAUUUUGUUUGCCGAUCAAAGUCUUGUGUUUCUGAAAAAGUGGUUACUAGCUCACCCCAAGUUCAUCUCCAAUCCACUCUAUAUAGGCGGUGACUCUUAUGCUGGCAUCAUCGUCCCUGUAGUUGCUGAAGAAGUAGUAAAGAGUAUUGAAGCCAACAACGCACCAAAAUUUAACUUCCAGGGUUAUUUGGUCGGAAACGGAUUAACGGAUGUAAAUAUCGAUUUGAAUUCGAGGGUUCUAUUUGCUCAUCGUAUGGCACUUAUAUCGGAUGAACUCUAUGAGUCAGCGAAGAACAACUGCAAAGGGCAAUACCAUGGAAACCACGACGACAAUAAGCUAUGCGGCGACGAUCUUAAUGCUAUCUCACUCUGUACUGAAAAGAUAAACAUCCAACAUAUCUUAGAGCCUUUGUGUAGUUCAAUCUUUACUUUAAAUGGGAAGGUGGGAUUUACCAACCGUAAAUCACUCUUGGAGAAGUCAUUACCUGGUUUUCCUGAUUUGGGGUGCAGGAGCUAUGAUACCGUAUUGAUCCAUUUCUGGGCAAAUGAUGAACGUGUUCAACAAGCGCUUCAUGUUCGCGAAGGAACGAAAAAGACAUGGAUAAGAUGUCCGAAGAACUUGCCUUACAAGGAGAUUCUCCCGAGUGUUGUUAGCUAUCAUCAGCGUCUCAACUCGCGAGGCUAUCGGGCUCUUAUAUACAGUGGAGAUCAUGACAUGAUGAUUCCUUAUAUUGGAUCCCAAGCAUGGAUCGAGUCUCUGAAUAUUCCCAUUGUUAGUCAAUGGAGGCCAUGGCUGGUUGAUCACCAAAUUGCAGGAUACGUGACUGAGUAUUCAAAUGGCAUUACUUUCGCCACUGUCAAGGGUGCUGGACAUACAGCUCCUGAGUACCGGCCUAAGGAAUGCUUUGCCAUGUUCAAAAGAUGGAUUUCUCAUGAACCACUUUGAUCAACUCUGCAAUGAGUAACUAUUGUAUUUGUAUUUCAAAUCAAAUGUUAGGAAUUUUAUUCCUAAAUUAUUUAUGGGAGCUUAUCAGCAAAACCAGUAUGAGGACGUGGUUUAAUUUUGAUGUUAAUGUAUUAACAGUUCUAGUAUUUA